UUGAAUUGAAAGUAACAUACUAUAAAAUUAAUUUUAUUAUUUCUGUCAUCAAGAAUGCAACAAAACAACCUCUGACCAACAAAUACCAAAUACCAAUUUUAUUAAUUUGAUCUUUGUUUUUUUCUUGACUCGCAGCACCGACGAUCUUUGAAAAUUUAGGAAAGUAAGAGCACAUCAAGCCUAAAUUUCUGUUGAAAUCAACAACUGUAUCAAGAUCAUGCAUUCAAUUGAAUGUGACCAAUUUUUUUUGUAAUAAUCUCCAUAAACAAAUAAAUAAAUAAUUCUCUGUUUAGAUCUUCCAAGACAAAAUUCUUAAUCUGAGUAAAAGCAUUGCUCAAUGGAAAGCAAAAGAGUUUCUUCUUCUUCAUUGUCGUCUUCUCCGAUUUCUUGGGCUCCAGGUAAUCAUAGCGCUCCACAGGAAUCUGAAUGGCUUCGAGAAACACGAUUAGAGAUGAAUGAUAGAAUGAAGGUUAUGGAGGCUCUUCUUGGAGAAGAUGAAGAUUCUUCGACAAGAAUCGAGAAUUAUGACAAGCGUAGGCUGGAAGUUUUACAAAUGCUUGAAGAAUUUAAUAAUGAAUACUGUUCUUUAGCUGAAAAAUAUGAUGGCUUGAUGUCAAAAUUAGAUCCUGAAUCUGAUUCGGGGUCAGGAUUAGGAUCAGGAUCAGUACCUUCAUCUUCGAACACUAGUAAAAAAAUUGUCGAAAGUUGUGGUGAUCGUAAACUGGAGAUUUCUGGUUCUUGUCUGAAUGCAAUUUUUGGAGAACCCGACACGGACAUUGAAUUUGAAUACCUGAAGCAGCUGGAAAAAGAAUUGACAGACCAUGAUUACAGCUUGACUCGGCAUCAGGAUACAGCAGGUGAUAUCCGAGAAGAUGAUUCUGAGCAGGGGAAUACAUGGUCUGAUCUCAACUCUCAAGUUACAAAGCUCAUGGAGGAUAAUCUGCAGCAACAAGCUGAGCUGGCCAAGCGAAAUAUUGAGAAGAAAAUCACAAUUAACAGGCUCCGGUCACAGAUAAAACAUCUCAAGGGGGAAAACAGAGAACUCCAAACUUGUAUGAGAUGCUCAAAAAGCGGCGGCAAAGGUAAGCAAAUGUCAAAACUAAAAAGAAUGUUCUCUGGUAAGCUCUUCGAUAUAGGUUGUUCGUAACUUCAAAUCCUCAACACGAAAGCUUUUUCGUAUACUUCAUCAUGAUAACAAUGACUCCGUAUUUUAUAAUGCAUAUAGAAUUGCUUCAA